CCUUCCUGGUUCUUUUAUUUGCACAGGACUAAUCCUUAUUUCUGGGUCCCAAGAAAUGCCCUUGUGAAGAAACUACUCCUAGGCAAACAGCACCCUUCCUUCCCAAAACAAGCAAAACACAGACAAAACCAUACACAUCAAACCACACACAGUAGGCCAAGCACAAUGCCUGUCCAAUAAUCUAAAACAUAAAGGAAAGGACACACAACCUUACCAUGCAGUGACAGUUUUCUUUCUUACCAGACAGCGACAGUUCUCUCUCUUUUAAAAAUUAUAUUUUUCUUCUUUUCAGUGUUUUUCUCUUUUCCAUCCCAAAUUUAAGACGGUUUGGCUGGGAGGCAAAGCUAACUCUUGGCCUCCACCUGCCCCACCCUCUUCCUUUCCUAAUAAAUUUGGGAGUCCUCCUAGAGGUAUUCUGGAAAAGGAAAAUGGCCGAACGGUUGAAAAUGCCUCCUACAGGUAAAAAUAGAAGGGGCUCGAGGCCUGCAGGGGACCCCUGACUUAAAGUAUUUAUCAACACAGGUGCAGGUAGCAUUGCUGUGAGGAAAAGCAAAUAAAGAGGAUGGACUGGGUGAAAUUGCGUUCCUAUUCCCGGAAGAGGCGGGCUCAACAGAAUGUCCAUUGUGCAUCUCCUAUCCCAGCUGCGGCAGCAUCUGCUGCUGUAGGUAAAAGGAAUGCUAAAGCCAAAGCGAGUCAGCUGCGCCUAGAUCUGCUUUCUGGACCUCGGCAGGAAUCUCAUGUCAGAAGACAAAUUGGAAAUGCCUUUAAAAAAGCAUUGCCCAAAAUUCAAGAAGCCUCUGGGGUGACCCAGAUGGACUGCCUUUCAGUGGAACAAAGCACUGAAUUAAAUGAAAAUGAAAACAGAAGCAUGGAGGUGAAUAAAAGUAUCAAUAAAAUGGGCACUGCUGUAUUAAAGGAUUCUUUGCAUUUAAGCUCUGCAAGUAAAGAGAGUGUGAGAUAUAGUGAAACUACAUCAGGAAUGACUUUACCCACAGGUGUUUCACAUUUUCUGCUGCAGUGUUUGGAUGAAGAGUCUUCUCUGUGCUCUAAUACAGAAUCUAGUGAUGGAGCAAGUACUUAUUCAUCACCUGAGAUAUUCAGAGAUGAAAACACAUUAGAAAAAAGCACUGGUCCAGAAGAAUGCAUUGGGCACAGGAAUUCAACCCUCUUGGAUACCAGCAAAGCCAUCAACAUAGACAAGAUGCCACAUGUGCCAAAUCUUUCACAGAUAUUGGAAACCACUUUAGGAAAAAAAGACCAGAGCAUUACAAGGCUAUCAAAGCAGAAAUCACGUUCUGAAUUGACAGAUGUUUCAGCUGUAGUUGCAGGGAAACAAGUGUGCAAAAUUUUGCCUGCAAAGGAAAAGACACCUGAAUUGCAAUCUUUUGGAGCCUCCUUAUUGCCUCAAAAACAAGCAAAAAAGACUAAAGAUCAGCAACCCAGGAAAAUGAAGUGCACAAAAAGAGUACUGUUUUCCUCAUCCUCAUCCUCUCCUUAUGUAUUGGGUCCAGCCAAAUUUUGUGGAAUCGCAGCUGAAACCUUAGGCUCUGCACAGCCAGGUACUGGCAUGUUGGACUCUUCAUCAGUGCAUAAAGUCUCACUCGGUGAAGCUUCCUUGCCAAGCACAAGUCCUUCAAAUGUAAAUUCAAAAGAAGUCAUUCCUGCCUCCCUGUCUCCAGAAAGUGUUAUUCAUCAGUGUCUACGUAACCCUCCAGAAAUCUGCUGUAUCAUUAAAGCUUCACCAGGAUCUAGACCACUGAAAGUUCUCCAACACCCACUGAAAAGAAAAAGAGUGUUUCCCCCACCAGGAGCAACUGAAGAUAUUAUUACCAGUUCAAAAUACUAGAUCUACAGGAGCAAUAG